UUAGUAGUGUCUGUGUUGAAAACCCAUUGGAAAAGUUACAAUAACAUUAAUGCAGUUAUCAAAACAAGUUUAAAUUAACAUUCACAACAAAAAGCUACAAUAUCGGCGUAGCUGCAGAGUUAAUGGCCGCAGCAGCAUCUGUAGCAGCCUAAGAAAACAGCUGUGCUCCGGGUUUGCAAGCAAAUACUGUGCUGACCCUCCUCAGGGCUCCCCCGCAACGCUAACAACGUCAAUGUAUGAGACCUCAGAGGCAUAUUGAGAGCGCGCGAGAGAGCGAGAGCAAAGCAGAAACAAAAAAAACCAAUUGUCGGAGUUUGCCGGUGGCGGUGGCCCACAGACAACAACUGCCGGUCCAUCCGCUGGUAAUGUGGCUAAUAAUACCAUCGUUGGUGGGAAAAGCACAAGCAAUAACAUGUACUCCACCCGCCAAUCUGUAAGCACCACAACCGGUGUCCUUAUGGUCGGACCAAAUUUUCGUGUUGGCAAAAAAAUUGGCUGUGGUAACUUUGGCGAGUUACGUUUAGGCAAAAAUCUUUACAACAAUGAACAUGUAGCAAUAAAAAUGGAGCCUAUGAAGUCAAAGGCUCCUCAACUACACUUAGAGUAUAGGUUUUAUAAGCUAUUAGGAUCACAUGCCGAUAACGCCCCAGAAGGCAUACCACGCAUUUAUCACCUGGGCACUUGCGGUGGGCGUUACAAUGCCAUGGUGUUAGAGUUAUUGGGAUUAUCAUUAGAAGAUCUCUUCAAUAUUUGCUCCCGUAAAUUUUCACUUAAGACUGUAUUGAUGAUAGCAAAACAACUUCUCCACCGGAUCGAAUAUGUUCAUAGUCGGCACUUAAUAUAUAGGGAUGUGAAACCAGAGAACUUUCUCAUUGGCAGAACAUCGACAAAACGUGAAAAAAUUAUACACAUUAUUGAUUUCGGUUUGGCCAAAGAAUACAUUGAUUUAGAUACAAAUAGGCAUAUACCAUAUCGAGAGCAUAAAUCCCUGACCGGUACUGCUCGCUAUAUGUCAAUCAAUACACAUAUGGGACGCGAGCAGUCAAGGCGUGACGAUCUGGAAGCCUUGGGACAUAUGUUUAUGUACUUCUUAAGAGGUUCACUGCCGUGGCAAGGCCUUAAGGCUGAUACACUCAAAGAGAGAUAUCAAAAAAUCGGUGAUACUAAACGGGCAACGCCUAUUGAGGUGCUUUGUGACGGCCAUCCCGAAGAGUUUGCGACAUAUUUGCGUUAUGUGCGGCGGUUAGAUUUUUUCGAAACUCCCGACUAUGAUUUUCUGCGAAGACUGUUUCAAGACUUAUUCGAGCGUAAGGGAUACACCGACGAGGGCGAAUUCGACUGGACAGGGAAAACAAUGACCAAGGACCAGCUGGAUCAAAUGAAGGUUCUUAAGAAUGCGGCACCUUCAUAUUUGGCAAAGAAUAAAUCUGAUAAGUCCACGCCCGUCGGAUCUCUCCAAACUGGCCAUGAAGUCAUCAUUUCACCAAAUAAAGAUCGUCAUAAUGUAACGGCUAAGACAAAUGCCAAAGGAGGUGUUGCUGCGUGGCCGGACGUGCCCAAGCCGGGUGCGACCCUUGGCAAUCUGACACCCGCCGAUCGGCAUGGUUCAGUGCAGGUUGUGAGUUCGACAAAUGGCGAACUGAAUGCGGACGAUCCCACGGCCGGACACUCGAACACACCCAUCACACAGCAGCCUGAAGUAGAGCUUGUCGAUGAAACAAAUGGUUCCUUAUAUUCCAGAUGUUGUUGUUUCUUUAAACGAAAGAAGAAGAAAUCAACGCGCCAAAAAUGACUAGACGGUGUACAAUGUAGUCCAGAACGCGAGGCAGUUACAUUGCUGCGCGCCACUUCACAUUCAAACUCACGGGAUAGCGUAUUGAAUAAUCCAAGUCAGGAUUACAUACAACAAGCAACGUCGCAGCAUACGUUGCGUUAUCCUCCAUCCGCGUCAAUGUUGACGCCAACACCAACUACAAAUACACCGACACUUCCGUUGUAAUUUAUAUAAAUACAGAAAAUAGAAAGCAAAAACAAAUACAAAAAAACUAAACAUUAAACACCGUCAAAACAAAAAAAGAAAAAAAGUAAAAAAAAAUUGCAACAAAAAAACAUAAUUUUAUUAUUAUUUUUUAUUAUUUACCAAUUUUGCGUUUAUGUUAAUUAUAUAAAUUAUUAUAAUUAUUAAUUAUAUUAUUAAUAAAAAAAAAGAGAAACAAACAAAAUGCAAAUACUAUACAAACACAAUUAUUGGAGGAUAAUAAAAAACUGUCAUAAUAUUUUCAUAAUUCAAUCAGGAGCCAGGUAGCUCAGUGUUGUGCUUAAAGUUUGAUAAAUAUCCAUUGGCUCUAAUCGAUGAGAAUUCAAAACUGUUUGACAAACACAUAGACACACCCACACCCACCCACAGGCAGGCACUGACACAAAGCAGAGAAAACCACUUAAAACAUAUUUAGAUAUAUACAUACAUACAUAUAUACCGAUAAACUAAUUUAAAUACUAGUGCAGCGUCAUUCAAUGAAAACUACAAUGCAUUACAUGUAUUAAUAUUUAUAGACAAACAACAAAUUGUACAUUAUUAUACGCGUAUAACAACAAAAUAUUCACAUCAUUCGAUCAACUAUUGAACACACAUAAAACUAAUGAGAAACCAUACACACGUACGUUUACACAUACUUAUUUGCUUGUGUUUUCGUCCAGUCGGUAAAUCCAUUCGCACCCUUUACACUCAUUCGCUCUCUUCAAGUUUCCUUUUCUUUUCGCGUAGUUAGCUUUUGUUUAGCUUUGCUUUUGGAUGCACUUUUUACAUGACAUCCAUACAUUGCUUGGCAGUCUUUUCUUUUAAACGAUGUCCUCUGCAUAGUCCCUCAUAUAUAGGGAACCCAAAAUAGAAAAGUGCUAAAAGCAAUUAAUUUUGUCUCGAUACAGGCUGCUGAACGAUGUAUGCGUGUUUAUUGUAUGUAUAUCAAUGAAAUACAUAUGUACACUUUAUUGUAUAUAAUUUUUUAUAACUAAAUGAAUGAACAUUAAAUGCAAUUAAUAGUUGAAUUCUUUUUGUACAAGAUUUGUGCAUUUAUUUGAUUAGUGUGUUUUUAGGUCAAUUUUAUUUACAAAAUACAUUUAUGAAAUUUAGUAACAAAAAAAUUACAUAAACUUCAGCUGGAAAUCCCUUCACAAGCAGCCUUAACAAAAAGGAAAAAAAAACCAAAAAAGAACAA